AACUUUCCAUGGGGUUUGUUACCUGCGGGGGUCGGGGGACAACCCGAAGAGCUCGAGCGUCCAUCCCAGAGGGUUCUGAACCAAGUCAGGCAGGCACAGGUGUACAGGCAAUCCGUGACAGGGUCAGCAGGGUACUGCAGGUUUCCAUAGGGAGGAGACGUUUUGAUCACUGAGGCUAGCAUCCCUGAGGACAAGCCUGCUGUGGGGCAGGCUGAGCUACUGAGGAGCGACCCUGUGUGCAAAGGGCCCCCGGAGUGUGGCUAGAGGUAGUCCUAGCACCGUCUGAACCUGGCUGAGGUGUGUCCGGGAUCUGGGGCUGCGGGGAUCUGGCCCUUCCCCGUGGUCUGUUCCUGCUCACGAGGCUGCCACCUGCCUGUGGUUGGCGAAGACGCGCCACCCACUCCCGUGCAUUUCGCCGCUUGCUACCGGCUCCAGGAGCUGCGGGUAGCUCAGGCCAGGAGCACCGGUGAGGGAUUGUGGCCGCCGGGUUUUACAGUCUGUUGAUGACUUGAACAAAUGGGCCCUGUUUCUUGUGUCUCCCUUCAUACUUGAGGCAGAACAUAUAGCGUUUGUGACAGAGAGCAUUUGGAUACAAGGUUGUAAAAUGGUCCGACUGCUGUCUGCCGUUAGCCUGCCGACCCGGGGACCCCUACCAGUUAAUUGCUAAGGCAAGCGUGGACAACUUCAGCAAGCUCGGGGUGGCCUUCAUGGAGGACAGGCUCCAGAUGGACAACGGCCUGAUAGCCCAGAAGAUCGUUUCAGUCCACUUAAAGGACUCUGCUCUGAAGGAACUCAGCAAAGCCUCGGACGAGCAAGUGCAGGCCUCACCCCCGGGCCCAGAAGCUUCCCCUGAGGCCCAGCCUGCGCAAGGUGUCAUGGAGCAUGCUGGCCAAGGUGAUUGCAAGGCCGCUGAUGAAGGCCCUUCCCCACGGAGGACGGGCUGUGCCCCUGGAAGUGAGCCUGCUGCAGAUGGGGACCCUGGGCUGAGCUCCACAGAGCUCUGUCAACUCCACCUGUCCAUCUGCCACGAGUGUUUGGAGCUCGAGAACAGCACCAUUGAGUCGGUGAGGUGUGCGUCUGCGGAGAACAUUCCAGACCUUCCCUGUGAUCACAGCGGCGUGGAGGGUGCUGCGGGCGAACUCUGCCCUGAACGGAAAGGGAAGAGAGUCAACAUUUCGGGAAAGGCGCCCAAUAUCUUGCUGUAUGUGGGCUCUGGUUCCGAGGAAGCACUGGGCCGGCUCCAGCAGGUGCGAUCUGUCCUGACUGACUGUGUGAACACGGACAGCUACACUCUCUACCACCUGCUGGAAGACAGCGCUCUGAGGGACCCGUGGCCUGACAACUGCCUCCUGUUAGUUAUUGCCAGCAGGGACCCCAUCCCCAAAGACAUACACCACAAGUUCAUGGCCUAUCUUUCUCAGGGAGGGAAGGUGCUGGGCCUGUCUUCCCCCUUCACGUUCGGUGGCUUUCAGGUGACCAGGAGAGACGUGCUACGGAACACAGUCCAGAACUUGGUUUUCUCUAAGGCUGAUGGGAGUGAGGUACGGCUCAAUGUCCUGAGCAGUGGCUACGUUUAUGAAGAAGGCCCGAGCCUGGGCAGGCUCCAGGGCCACCUGGAGAAUGAGGACAAGGAUAAAAUGAUUGUGCACGUGCCUUUUGGAACCCUCGGAGGGGAAGCCGUUCUCUGUCAGGUGCACCUGGAGCUCCCACCAGGCGCCUCCCUGGUGCAGACCGAAGACGACUUUAAUGUGCUCAAAUCCAGCAACGUGAGAAGACACGAGGUCCUUAAGGAGAUCCUGACCGCCCUCGGUCUGAGCUGUGACGCACCACAGGUUCCUGCCUUAAUGCCUCUGUACUUACUGCUGGCUACUGAGGAAACCCGGGAUCCAUUUAUGCAGUGGCUCAGGAGGCACACGGAUCCUGAAGGAAUCAUAAAAUCCAGCAAGCUCUCCCUUCAGUUUGUUUCCUCCUACACAUCUGAAGCGGAGAUCACCCCAUCUUCCAUGCCCGUGGUCACCGACCCAGAAGCCUUUUCAUCAGAGCACUUCAGCCUAGAGACCUAUCGACAGAAUCUGCAGACCAUGCGCCUUGGGAAAGUGAUUCUGUUUGCAGAAGUGACCUCCACCACCAUGAGUCUCCUGGAUGGGUUGAUGUUUGAGAUGCCGCAGGAAAUGGGCUUAAUCGCCAUUGCAGUUCGGCAGACCCAGGGCAAAGGAAGGGGCCCGAAUGCCUGGCUGAGCCCUGUGGGCUGUGCCCUUUCCACUCUGCUGGUCUCCAUCCCCCUGAGGUCACAACUGGGACAGAGGAUUCCAUUUGUCCAGCAUUUGAUGUCCUUGGCUGUGGUGGAGGCAGUGCGGUCUAUCCCAGGGUAUGAGGAUAUCAACUUGCGAGUGAAGUGGCCCAACGAUAUUUACUACAGCGAUCUCAUGAAGAUCGGUGGGGUUCUGGUUAAUUCAACACUUAUGGGAGAAACAUUUUAUAUCCUCAUCGGCUGUGGAUUCAAUGUGACGAACAGUAAUCCUACCAUUUGUAUCAACGACCUCAUCGAAGAACACAAUAAGCAGCACGGGGCAGGCCUGAAGCCCCUGCGAGCGGACUGUCUCAUAGCCAGGGCCGUGACCGUGCUGGAGAAACUGCUCCACAGGUUUCAGGGCCAAGGGCCCGACGGCGUUCUUCCCCUCUACUAUAAAUACUGGGUGCACGGUGGUCAGCAAGUCCGCCUGGGCAGCACGGAGGGGCCACAGGCAUCUAUUGUGGGCCUUGAUGACUCCGGGUUCCUGCAGGUCCACCAAGAGGAUGGUGGGGUUGUGACGGUGCAUCCAGACGGCAACUCCUUCGACAUGCUGAGAAACCUCAUCGUGCCCAAGCGACAGUAACAUCGUCUUAUGUCCCCAGACAGCUUGGAUCUGCUGCUGCUGCUGGAGCAGCAGCAGCAAGCUGCAACAGGGAAGCUGCUCCUGGGAUCUCCUGGGAGCUCUGAGCAGGCGCACUCCGCUUGCAUAACUGUUGUCUCUGCCUGCCUAGGGCCUGGGAAGCUAAUGCAGAGUUAGAGGCCAGUUGUUAAUUCUUCAGGUUGUGGGUUCCCUGCCCCCACCCUCUCCCCACCCCGGGAUUUGGGACAUAUAUAUGUGGUUUUACUGGGUGUUUGAAGGUGCAUCUGGUGAGGAUUGACUGACAGGCGAAGAAGGGUCAGUUUAGCCUAGGAGUUUAGUUUGCCUUGUGAGGUAUAGAAGUGCUCUUCCCCACGUGGGCUUGGAUUUGUGUGUACUGGGAGGGAAAUGAGAAGCAAGGGGUUGGGAAUAGCGCUGAGAUAGUACAAAUAUAUCCCAAGGAGUGAAGGCCCUUAGCCCUCUGCUGUUAAAACAGUGAACGCCCACAGCUCAGGGGCAUGCUCACUGCUGUCCCAGAACACACAAGUGUUGGCCUGCACGUAGGGUUGUUGCUGGUUUCCUUUGUCAAGUUGGGCUUCUUGUAGUAGCCUGGAACACAGGACUGAAGGAUGGCCACAGAAACGCUGCUAACCAGCGUUAUCUCCUUUCCAGGGUCAGAUGUGUCAGGUUUUAGAUGUUUAAGCCAUGAUGGCGGCUUCCUUAGAGACAGAGGCUUGCCCAGGCUGGUGGAGACGUGGGCUCACCCUCUUGCCCACACAAGGGAGGAAUCUUGGAGCUUUUAAGCUGAUCAGGCUCUGUUAGAAUGGCACAUCCCCAUAAGCCUGUGUCCUCAAGCAGGGCUGAGUGCAGCACUGUAUUGUAAGUCAUGACUUUCUGCCCCCGAUUUCAUAAUGUCAGGAUUGAGAGAGAGAGACUGACACAAAAAUGCCAUCAGUUUGGAGAGAUGUAUGUGCGUGCAGAGCAUGCCUGAUUUUGCGUGUGUGUGUGUGUGUGUGUGUGUGUGUCUUUAAAAGGAGAUGUUCAAAACUUGAUGUGCUAAAAGUCUCCGUGGAAGAACAAAGGAGAGGAAGCCUUUCUGGGUUUGCGUUUCCAGAUGUGCUCCGUGCUUUCCCGUGUACCUCCCAUCUUUGUGGAGCUUGUGAAUCAUACCCAUCGCUGCCCAGCCUGAAAGAACCAGUUCCUGUCUGCCCUCCUGCUUCCUGCCACUUCCACUGAAGUGGGUGGAAAGGAAACGACGGAACAGAUCGCUUAGCUUUGAACAAGAUCCUCGUCAUAAACGAGUACCAUCUUUAUCCAGCUUCUGUAGUCAGGCCAACUCCAGAAACCAGAGGUUUUCAGUAUAGAAAUCCAUCCACCCUCAGGCUAGCAGAGACAGCCCCAUUUGAAGCAAAAAAAAAAAAAAAAAAAUACAGGGUGAACUAUACCAACCUGAUGCGUGUUUGAGAGACUGUGACUCUAAAAGAACUUUAAAGAAACUUUUCUUGCAAAUAAGACUUUGAUUAACAUUUUUCUCAAAAAAAGAAAAAGAUACAUAUAUAAAAUUUAGUUCCGAUAUUUUUUAAAAUUCAUGCGAGUUUAAAUAAAACUGUACGUCACCCCAAAUUAUAAAAUGACAGGCCUGAGAGAGAGAGAGAGAGAGAGAGAGAGAGAGAGAGAGAGAGAGAAAGAGCGUCUGUAAAAUAUCAUCAAGAACGAAGAUCUCCAAGCUGGCUGUUGCAAAGGUUCAUUUCUCAGACUUUGUAAUAGAAGGCUGUUCAUCUCUCAGGACCGCCAUCAUUACAUUCGAAAUUUCUAUGGGGGAUUAUUUAAUGAAAAACAUGCUAUGUUUUAUUUUAAGCUGGAGGCCUAUUCUGGAUAGUUCUACUUUGGGGAAAAAAAUGUUAUCAUUUAAUUUCCUUUCUGUAAGUUAAAACUAAUGAAGUGUGGUCAUGUCAGAGCAGACAGAGAUGUUCUGGGCAUGCUGAUUGGCCCUGGGGUAGUUACACUGUUUGGGGUAUUCUUGCGUAUGCAAACAGGACACUCCUUGUCUGGAGAGACAACAUAGCCUGAAGCACAUGCUGCAUUCCCCACUGGCCUGACUUGGCCUCACAUGAACCAAAGACUUCAGAUUCCACAUCGUAGAGAGCAUUCUGCCGAUGGGGCGUGUGAAGGCUGCCACUGUACCCGCCACAUGCGAGGGUAUUCACACACUCAGCGUCCCGGGAUCUCCAGGAACUUUACAAGUCUCCUAACUUUGCUGCCUCCUAAUCUGGAGACGUGGCCACCUAACCCCGACUCUGUAUUUGCCGUAGAGCAGGUUACUCCCAGUGUAACCCUGCUUGCAUAUCUACCCCUGGGUGUUGGAAGGCACAGGUAAGCAAACACCGGGUCUCACACAGCUCAGCUGAAGCAGUGAGGGGCUUUGCUACCCUGACAUGCCAGCAACCUCAUUCCUAGUUCAUCUCUAUGCAUUUUUGAAAUAAACAAAAAUGUAAACCUUUGCUACUUUUUUUUAUUUUUUAGCUUUUCAAAGAAUCAUCUCUGAAAAGGAUUACUAUAAACCCAUGCCUAUAAAGUAAUUCUACCAAAAUAAACUUAGGAUUUUCACUGUG